GAACUAGUGAUGCGAGUCUGACACCGGAGCUCCGAUCCUUGCUUCAAACUCGAAGCUGUGCUCUCCUUGAACCGCUGAUUCGAAGCUUGCUUUGGGGCAGAGCAAGUGACGUAAUCGAUGACGUAUGAAGCAGCGACUGCUUCGGUCCCCGAAUGAGCUUCACGAGCUAUCGCGAGAUUAGUUGUUGGCGUGAGACUUGCUUCGGGAGGCUUGUGCGCGCCAAAACACACCUAAAGGCACCCGACACACUCCACAACAUGUGGCCUUGCCAAAGUUGUUGUGUGCGUUAUUGCUGUUGUUGCUGUUAUCAUCCCUGCUGUUGGUUGAUCGUCAUGGAGCCAAAUAGGAAGAGAAGCCGUUCUCAAAUGUGGGAACACUUUGAGCUGAUCAGUCCUAAUAAGGUGAGUAUCUGAUUCAAAGUACAGUAUGUUGUAUAGCUCAGUGGCAUAGUCGCAGGGCCUUCGUCUUGAGGACUGGGGUUCAAAUCCCAGAUGGUACUUUUAUACUUAUAAUACUUUUCAUACCCAGUAUGGACCCUUAGUCAAGGCCCUCAAAGCUGUUUGCACUUUUUGAUAAAAGUGUCAGUUAAAUGACAUGUAAUGUAAUGUUACUUAAAGAGUAGUAAGCCAGCUGUUUGUAAGUUAGGUACAUUAGCAUGUGUGGUGAUUUAAGUGAUUUCUAUGACCUGACAGUUUGUUUUCUUGUUUGAUCAUUACUGUUCAUACAGGUCCAGUGCUUGCAUUGUUCCAUGCAAUUGGCGUAUAAUAACAAUACGUCCUCGAUGCUUAGGCACUACCGUGCUAAGCAUGAAAACAAGCAGGAGAACACUGUUCAUGUGGACCGAAAGCAGGAGCUGGAUGAGGCUCUGGUAAAUAUGGUUGUGAAGGACUCUCAGCCUUUUACCAUUGUGGACGAUCCAGGCUUCAAAGAGUUUGUGGGAAAGCUUGACCCCACAUAUACUCUGCCUUCCAGACAGGCUCUAAAGAACAUGGUGGGAGAGAAAUAUGAGGAGGAGAAGGCCAAAGCCAAGGCUCAACUGCAGCAUGUGGAGGCAGUUAGCCUGACCUCUGAUAUGUGGACCUCCACGAAUAUGGAUGCAUAUCUGGCAGUAACUUGUCAUUUUGUGCAGGACAAUAUGAAGUUGGCCACUUUACUCUUAGGAGUGCUGCCUUUCCCCCAAGACCACACUGCUGAAAACAUCGCCGCUGCUCAGAAGUCUCUGAUGGUGGAGUGGGGACUUGAGGGGAAGGUUCAAUGCAUGGUGACUGAUGCUGCCGCAAACAUGGUCUCCACUGCUAAAAAACUAGCAAUGCGACAUGUUGUUUGCAUUGCACAUGCAUUAAAUCUUGUAGUUAAAAAAUCCCUGGAUCAAACCCCUGGCCUAGAUGAUCUGCGCACAAAGGCACGGAAAGUAGUGACUUAUUUUAGAUCAAGCACUACUGGAAAAGAAAAGCUGAAACAUGUGCAACAGCAAAUGAACUGUGCCGUGAUGAAGCUAAUUCAGGAGGUGGACACGCGCUGGAACAGCACCUUUUUGAUGUUGCAGCGAUUAUAUAAUGAGAGGCAGACAGUCGGGGCAGCUCUGGCAUCACUUAAGACAGAUGCUCAUCCACUCUCAUCUGAGGAAUAUGAGACAGUCGCAGCGUGUCUCAAAGUGCUCUCCCCGUUCUUUGCAGCAACUGUGGAACUGUCCCAGGAGAAGAGAGUGUCAGGCUCCAUGGUGAUUCCACUGGUAAAAAUGUUAUUUCAAGCAAACAGGGAAGUCAUACAGAACACCACCAAUAUAACAGCAACACUUCUUGGACAGAAUAUAACUGCAACCCUGAUAAAGAAGUUUGACAACCUAGAGAGCUCGACUGUCCUGUCACUCGCCACACUGCUGGAUCCCAGGUUUAGGGCCAUCGGUUUUAACAGUUCAGAAAAGGCCCAAAAUGCUGUACGAAAACUUACAGCUGAAUGUGCAGCACUGGUGAGGAACACACGAGUGGAGACUUCAUCAGAUGAUCCUUCAUCUUCUGCUCCACCUCAACCAGCAACAAAUGCACAAAAUCCGUCCUCCACAGCUUUCAACCUCUGGACACGUUUGGAUGAAGAUGCGACAUUGGCAAGAGCUCACAGGAGUCAUACAUCGGAUGCUACAAUUGAAGUGCAGCGAUAUAUGACUGAUCCUCCAGUGCAUAGAUCGGAGGAUCCUCUCACAUACUGGAAUGAGCACAAACAUGUGAUCGUCCACAAGACUGUAGACAACAUGAUGACGAUCAUUCACCAGGUCAUCCAUUUCCCCAAACAUGAGGAACUGGAGGUGGUGGGGUCUGGCUUUGCCCGGCUGAUCAUGAGGGAUUUGGUCGGGCUGUUGGAGCCAUUAAGGGGUGCCACAUCCGUGUUCUUCCCCCGAAAGACCCACAGAAGAGGUGUUACAUGA